AUGAUAAGCUGCUUCGACUCAAGCUCGCUGGGCCUGGGGCAGGUAAAUCCUGGAUGGAUAUUUUGUCAACUCAAGCAGCUUCCUUGUGGGGAUACGUACGUAUACUCUACACGUGGGCUUGUAAGAAUAAGGAAGAGGGUUUUUAGCGAGGAGUACAGCCAUCAUUGCGCAAAUGGCUACCCCACUUUUUUAGCCAUUACGGGACACCCUUGUGAGUUAAAUGCUGGAUUUACUUCAAGGAAUAUGCCCCUAAAAAUGACAUUUCUUCUCCUUUUGACCGGAAUGGAUGGCAUUCCAUCUCUAAGCGUGGAUGGAGCCAUUCUGUUCGCUUUUGGUAUAGCAGGAGUCGACGUCAACCAGCAUGCAGGUCUUGACAUAAUUGGUUAUUGGAGGCCUAAUUUAGGUUCCGUGGAUUCUAGUAGGUGCCGUUUUAUGAGGUUGCCAGGGCGGCAGCUUAUUCGAUCUGUUUAUUUGAGGAUUUGUAUUUGGAGCGGCGCAGAGCCAUUGCCGUGGGAUCGGAAGGACUUCUUUAAGGAGAGGAAGCACGAGAGGUCCGAAACGACAUCUUCUUCUUUUGGUGGUGGGUCUACGCCGCGAUGGAGGGAAUUUUCUUACGCAUCUUCGAAUCAUUAUGGAUCCUAUCGUGAUUUCAAUCGUUGGGGUCCCCACGACUUUCGCAGGCCUCCUGGUCAUGUUAAGCAGGGUGGUUGGCACAUGCUUGCUGAAGAAUCUGGUCACAUGUAUGCACCAUAUAGGUCCUGUGACAAGAUCCUGGAAGAAGAGAAUUGCAGGACAUAUUCGCGUGGAGAUGGAAGAUAUGGCCGGAACAAUAGGGAAAGCAGGGGGUAUUUCAGCCAGAGAGAUUGGAGAGGUGGUCAUUCAUGGGAAAUGAGCAACGGGUCUCCAAAUAUGUCUGGGAGGCAGCAUGAUCAUCAAUUGAAAGACCAGGACGAUAAUAUUAAGAUGGGUGGUGUCAAUGGGUUGGGCACAGGCCAAAGAGGUGAUAGGGAGAACCCACUUGAUUGGAAGCCUCUUAAAUGGACCCGCUCUGGAAGCUUGUCUUCUCGAGGGUCUGGUUUUAGUCAUUCAAGUAGUUCGAAGAGCCUUGGUGGUGCAGAUUCUAUUGAAGGAAAGGCUGAGUUGCAGCCGAAGAAUGCCACUCCACUCGAGUCUCCUUCAGGGGAUGUUGCUGCCUGUGUUACUUCUGCAGCACCAUCUGAAGAGAUGUCUUUGAGGAAGAAGGCACGCCUUGGGUGGGGUGAGGGGCUGGCAAAGUAUGAGAAGAAGAAAGUUGAAGGCCCAGAGGCAAGUGGGAGCAAAGAUGGAGCUGUUGUUUCUGCUAGUAACAUAGAGUCCAUUCAUUCUCAAACUUCGAACUUGGCAGAAAAGAGCCCCAGAGUCAUGGGCUUUUCGGAUUGUGCAUCUCCUGCAACGCCUUCCUCUGUUGCUUGUAGUUCUUCGCCAGGUUUAGAGGAGAAAACAUUUGUGAAGUCGACAAAUGCUGAUAAUGUUGGUAGUAAUUUAUGUGGUUCACCUAGUGUGGGUUCUCAAAGUCAUACUGAGGGUUUAUCUUUUAAUUUGGAGAAGAUGGACGUUGGUUCUAUAGCUAAUCUGGAAACUUCUCUUGCUGAACUGCUUCAGUGUGACUAUCCAAGUUCUGUAGACUCUGGUUUUGUGAGGUCUACUGCAAUGAAUAAGCUGCUUGUAUGGAAAGGUGACAUAUCAAAGGUAUUGGAAUUGACAGAAUCUGAAAUUGAUUCUCUUGAAAAUGAACUCAAGUCCAUGAAAUUUGAACCUGGAAGCAGGUGUCCCUGUCCAGCAGCAUCUGGUCCUCCUCCAUUUGAGUGUGAUGCAAAACCUUGCAAUGCACAGGGGGUUUCCUCUAACAGUGUCCCUCGACCUUCGCCCUUGCAAGUUGCAUCUUGCGGCAAUGAAAUUGUGGAGAAGGUUUCUUUUUGCAAUGGUGGGUUGGAAGAAGUACAUGCUGAUGCCAAGGACGAUGAUAUUGAUAGUCCUGGAACUGCUACAUCUAAACUUGUUGAACCACUAUCUUUGGUGAGGGCAGAAUCAUCGACUGUUGCUGUGAAAGAUGAUUUUGAUGCUGUUCAGUCUGCGAGGAUGGAUUUGAAAGGCCUAGUUCCCUGCGGUGCUGAGGAAGAGACUGGUGUAUUUGCUUGCAAGAAUGAUGUACCUUCUUUUGGUGAUGUGAUUUCAGAUACAAAUGGAGAAGAUAAUGUACGUAAUCUUAUACUGGCUUCCAAUAUAGAAUCUGCUAGGAGAGCAUCUGAAGUAUUUAACAAGUUACUGCCUAGUGAUCGGUGUAAGUUUGAUUUUUCGGGUGUUACCAGUGAAUCCUCUUGGCAGAGUGAUGCCUUAGUUGUGGAAAAAUUUGCCAUGAGGAAGCGGUUACUGAGAUUUAAGGAGAGAGCUGUAACCCUUAAGUUUAAAGCCUUUCAGCAUCUGUGGAAGGAAGAUAUGCGACUGCUUUCUAUAAGGAAAUACCGGGCCAAGUCUCAGAAGAAAUGGGAACUAAGCUUGCGGACAACUCAUAGUGGGUAUCAAAAACAUCGAUCUUCCAUUCGUGCUCGAUUCUCUUCUCCUGCUGGAAAUUUGAGCCUGGUCCCUACAACGGAGAUACUUAACUUCACAAGCAAGCUGCUUUCGGAUUCUCAGGUCAAGCUUUACAGGAGUGCUUUGAAGAUGCCGGCAUUAAUUUUGGACAGGAAAGAGAAGAUAGCAUCACGGUUUAUCUCUAGUAAUGGAUUGGUUGAAGAUCCUUGUGCCGUUGAGAAGGAGAAAGCAAUGAUCAAUCCCUGGACUUCUGAUGAGAGAGAAAUUUUCAUGGAUAAGCUAGCAACUUUUGGGAAGGAUUUCCGAAAAAUUGCUUCUUUUCUUGACCACAAGUCAACUGCAGACUGUGUUGAAUUCUACUACAAAAAUCACAAAUCUGAUUGUUUUGAAAAAACCAAGAAGAGUAAGCAAAUUAAAUCUUCCACUAACUACUUGGUGGCGUCAAGUACAAAAUGGAAUCGUGAAUUGAAUGCUGCUUCACUUGAUAUUUUGGGUACGGCUUCACUGAUGGCAGCUGAUGCUGACCAUGCAAUGAACAGUCGGCGGUUAUGCUCUAGUAGAAUCUAUUCGAGAAGCUACCGUAAUUCUAAAAUAACAGAAGGUGAUGAUGGUAUUUUAGAAAGAACAAGCAGUUUUGAUGUCCUUGGGAAUGAAAGAGAGACUGUUGCUGCUGAUGUUUUAGCAGGUAUAUGCGGUUCAAUGUCCUCAGAGGCCAUGAGUUCUUGUAUCACCACUGCUGUUGAUCUUGUAGAGGGUUAUCGAGAACGGAAGUGCCAAAAGGUGAAUUCUGUUGCAAAACCAACUUCGACAUCUGACGUUAUGCAGAAUUUUGAUGAAGAGACGUGCUCAGAUGAGAGUUGUGGGGAGAUGGAUCCUACUGAUUGGACGGAUGAGGAAAAGUCCAUCUUUAUACAAGCUGUGUCAACCUAUGGUAAGGAUUUUGCGACAAUCUCCCGUGUUGUCAGGACAAGAACUAGGGAUCAGUGCAAGGUGUUUUUUAGCAAGGCCCGAAAGUGUCUUGGACUAGAUUUCAUGCAUCCUGAGCCCAGAAAUUUCGGAACGCCAGUUAGUGACGAUGGAAACGGAGGUGGGAGUGACACUGAAGAUGCUUGUGCCAUUGAGACUGGAUCAGCUAUUUGUAGUGAUAAGUUGAACUCUAAGAUUGAUGAGGACUUGCCAUCUUCGGUCAUGAAUACAGAGCAUGAUGAAUCUGGUGCAGAGGAGAUGAUGAGAUUGCAUGCAGACCUGAAUGGAACUGAAGAGAAUAAUGCAUCUGGGAUAUUAGAUCAGAAUGAUUCCAAGGUUGUAGAUAAGAUGGUUUCUGAUCCAUGUGAGGCAGGGCAGAGGGCUGAUCUUGACAGCAAAUUCAUGAAUGCUGUUCAUCAGCCAGAGUGUGUUCAGGCAGAGAAAAUGUUGAUUGUGUCAGCUAAUGCAGAAUCUGGAAGAGAUCAAGUUGCUGAGAAGAGUAUUUCUGUUGUCGAAACAGGGUCUGUGAUAGGUGCACUUGAUGCCAGCACAUCCAAUGCAAAUGCUGCAAUUGAGCUGAAAGCUGCAGCUGAGGUUUCUGGUAAUCGAAUGGAAAAUAGUUUCACUGCAUUAGAAUCUGUGGAAAAGCCUCCUGUCAUCUCAUUGCCUCAGGAGAAAAAUCUUGCUGUUACAAAUCCCUUGUUACAAGAUUCAGCUGUCGUCCAAUAUAAGAAAAAACAUGAACAGGAUACAAUUCAGGAGAGUAGAGACAAGCAGGGUAAAAGUUCUGUUAGUAGAGACGACUACUUCCAGCAUCUGUCGGGUCAUCCUCUGUCAAGUCAUAAGGAAACCUCCCAGAUUCUCAGGGGUUAUACGCUGCAAAUUCCUACAAAGAAAGAGAUGAAAGGGGAUAUUUCUUGUAGACCUUUUUCUGAAGCUCAAAGCCUGCCGAACUCAGAAAAAACUGUCACCAGCCAGUUUGAAGCUCAGGAUAGCUAUCUUCAAAAGUGCAGCAGUUCGAAAGUUGAGCAUUUGGUUCCUGAGCUUCCAUUCCUGUCCCAACGUUCUGGACAUGGAAGCGAUCAUCCAAGAGAUCAUUCUUGUAGUUCAUCAGAUAUGGAAAAACCAUGCAGGAAUGGUGAUGUCAAACUGUUUGGUAAAAUACUCACUAACCCCUUGCAAAAGCAGAAUUCUAGUGGCCAUGAGAAUGGUGAAAAAGAGGUCCAGCAUCAUAAGCCCACAAGCAAGUCAGCAACUUUUAAAUUUACUGGUCAUCACCCUACGGAGGGUAAUGUGGCUCAGUUGAAGUGUGAUCGUAAUAAUCAGCUUGGCCUGGAGAAUGUUCCUAUGAGGAGCUAUGGUUUCUGGGAUGGGAACAGAAUACAGACUGGUUUUCAAGCUAUACCUGAUUCGGCUGCUUUACUGGCCAAGUAUCCUGCUGCAUUUAGCAGUUACCACGUGCCAUCAUCCAAAAUGCCACAGCAGAUAUUGCAAGCUGCUGUCAAGAGUAAUGAGUGUAAUCUGAAUGGGUUGCCUGUUUUUCCUUCAAGGGAAGUAAGUGGGAGCAAUGGAGUGGUGGAUUAUCAAAUGUACAGAAGUCCUGACAGUGCAGGAGGGCUGCCAUUCGCGGUAGAUUUGAAGCAGCGGGAGGAUAUAUUUGCUGAGAUGCAGAGACUGAAUGGACAGCAAGCAAGGGGGAUGGUAGGGAUGAAUGUCGCAGGAAGAGCAGGGAUUCUUGUAGGGGGACCAUGCACAGUUUCAGAUCCUGUGGCGGCCAUUAAGAGGCACUAUGCCAAAGCUGAUCAGUAUGGCGGGCAAAGUGGAAUUGUCUUCAGAGAAGAAGAACCUUGGAGAGGUAAGGGGGACAUAGGCAGGUAG